AUGUCCAGCGUCUACGGUGACAGAGUCUUACGAUUGCUUGAAGGCACGAAAUUCCCUAGAUUCAAAAGUGGGUCUUUUUUAAAAUUUAAAUUUGAAACAUAUCAAAACCUCUUUUUUUGGAUCUUGAAUUUCGGAACAAAGAACGAAAAUUCAAAGACAAUAAAGUAUAAACAUCAAACCGUUAUCAAGCUUGUAGUUUCGAAACUUUCUUUUUUCAUUGAAACGACUCGACCCGCAUUUCAAGUUUAAUCUUUUCUCGACGAGUUUCAGGAUUUUUAAUUUUAAUGAGUCUUGUUUUAUCAAGGAAUGAUCAUUCCGGUUUUCUCAACCUUAGUUUUUUAGAAGUAUGAAAGUUUGAUCUUCAAGUUUCAAUUAUUCAAAGUUAUGUAUGGUAUGCUGAAGUAUAGGAAUAUGUACAGUUUGUUGAGUUUUUCUUCCUUCCUAACUUUUGACUGUACCGUAUUAAAUUCAGGCCUAAUAUUCUCCUUUGCCUUGUGUUCACUGUCAGCAGCAGCAGCACCAGUUUCUGAAGAAACCGAGCCGGAAACGAGGAAUUUCCAAUGGUCGGGAGAAGUUCUUUGCGCCGGAGUCCCUCAGCCUUCAGUACAGUUGAUCCUUCUUCGAUCACAUGGUACAAAAGAAACAUUUUCAUGGAAAUAAAUUGCAAAAACUUACAGGAUCGUUAGAUGAACUACUUGUGGAGACACGGACCGACGGUUUAGGAAGAUUUGAACUUCGAAAUUCGUUUCCAAACGUGAUCGCAGAAGAUGGACUUCGAUUGAAAGCCGUCUUUUUUCAUAACUGUUGGCCUGCUGAAGUUUCAGUGAGUUUUUUUUUGAAUCUGAAAAAUUCGAAAGGUUGUUAUAGCCCAUUCCGCGCCAGCUUGUCACGUUUUUCUUUCUGCCAAAAAGACCGUAUACCGAGUUAGAUCAAAUUUGACCAACUUCGCUUCACGAAACUUUGCUUUUUCUUUUGUUUCUUUUUUUUGCAGGUUUGGAGAAUUCCGAGCGAGGCGGUCACGUUUUUGAAAAAAGCAGAAAAAAGGCUACCCUUAAAACAGUUUUCUUAAUAUAUCUGAAAUUGCUUUUAAAACAGCAAGAAACAAAGGUCUUGAAGCGAAGUUGGUCAAAUUUGAUCUGGCUUUUUGGCGGAAAGAAAAACGUGACAAGCUAGCGCGGAAUGGCCUAUACGUGCGUUUUCCCAAUUUUUAACUUUCUCAAAUUUUUUCUCUGGUGUUUGAAGACCCAAAUGGCUUGGAUUCUCCAAAGCGGCUUUCUGUCUCCAGUGAAUUUUCAUCUUAAAAAAAAGAAUUUCAGCAAGAAAUUUCCAAAAAUGUGCCCAAAAUCUUCUAUAGCAACUAAUAAAAUUCGCUUUUCCUAUUCUCAAGCUGUUCGCGUUCUUUUUUUUUUAUCACUGUCGACAAGUGAUAUGAACAACAACUUUAGUCCAAGUUAUCAGUUGAGUUGUUUAAAACUAACUGAUCACGCUUUCCUGCCCUUUUAAAAUAAUCUUUUGCAACGUCGAAUUGGCUUGCGCAACAUUUCGAUAAAAUGAUCGUCUCUUUUUACUAGCUUUUUAAGAGGAGCAUGACAGAAAAUUCUGAAAAUGAAGUCGUUUUUUGUUUUAGAUUUUUUGGCCUUCAAACCUUUCUUCACUCCUUUGAAAAGCUCAAUAACAAAAUUCAAACAGACUAUAUAAUUAAAAAAAUAAAAAAAUUAUCAUUCCCAAAUUUUUUUCAGAGUCAAAAAAAUCUGCACAAAGCCUAUUGAAGACGACAGUUCAUCUUCCGAAUCUUCACAAGAAUCCGACCGAAUUCAACUCCGACGUCGAGUUGACCGAGCUCAAUUCCAAACUCUACACGUUCGAUGAUCAAAUCUCCUACCUUGCGAGUCUCGUCGUAUCAUCCCUUUCAUGA